AGACAGCACGUGUGUCCCUCUCUUCUCGAUAGUAUUCCCUCUCGCGAAGGAGGUUCAAAUUUCAGAAAUAGAAAAAUGCAAAAAAUUUAACGAAAUUAGAUCGAAUUUUUUUUAAUGAAGGAUUAAAUUAUUCGGGUUUUUUUCUUCAGUUUUGAGGACUUGUUGGGGGAAAUAUGAUGGUGACUUACGGUAAGGAUUUCGGGGGUUCUGAAGAACCACCUGAGAGCCCUAACUACGUCAGGCCUAUGGAGAGCAAUCUGGAAAUCCUCAUUAGGAUUUUAGGAGUUAUCACUGCAAUCAUUGUGUGCGGAGUUGGAGCUGAUAUCGCUUACCAUCGACACGUCAUGGGUUAUUACGUUACAGUGGCUUCAGCCCUGAUUUUCUUCCUCGAGAUUACCUGGGCCAUCACACUGUUCGUGCAGAUUUGUCUCAGAAAUGACGAGUCUCAUUGUUCACGGUGUUGGUUGUCUGUGUUAAUGGUAACCAGAGGCUGGCGGAGAGUUUUGUUUUAUCUACCACUGUCCUGUAUUUUGGCCUGGAAACCGCACAACUUGUGGCUCUCCUUUGUCGCCGCUGGACUGCUGGCUGCUUUAUCUCUGCUCUACGUCAUCUCCAGUGCAUUGAGCCAACGAGGGAGUGCGAGAACUCCCGGCGAUUCUAUGGGCGAGAGCCUUUUGCAUACGAGACCAGAGGCUUAUGAUCGGUUUGAAGAAGUCUUGGUAACUGAAGUAUUGGACGACGGCGUUUCCGGUCCAACGAGUGACGGGGAGAUGUGACAAGAGCGUCAGCCCUCGUGGGCCAGUGAGACUGACGAGGACAGUGAGCCUGAACAGCGCACAUGUCAGAUAGCAACGUUAUCCUAGUUGCAGAGGAACGAUGUCAUUGGUACAUCGGCAUUUAUCGAAUCAUGGCCACCUUCAACGUCCUUGGGAAAGGAUGACAAUAAUGAAGGAGCCUUGCAGCUUCAAGUGAAGAGUCUGUGUCUUGAGAAACAUUGAUUUCUCAAGCGUAUUUAACAUCUGUGACCUAAAUUUUCACGUUGUUCGGACUCACGAUUGAGCAGAGGUAAUUUUGCGGGAUCAGAAGUUGUUUCUGGGGAGGAGAGACUCCAAAAAACUUUGAAAAAAGUUCAAUAAGAGGAUUACGGUGCAAGUUACAGGAGUUGACGUGAAUUUUGUUGAUGUAGCAUUGAGGAUACAUGAAGUUUUUAGGUGAUCGUAAUUUUAUCUGUACAAUAUGUAUGAAUGAGGCAAAUUGAGUGACAAGAGUUAAAUGAGACGUGAAGAUCGAGCUGAGAGUCUUUAUUAUAACAAUUUUAUACGUAAAACAAGUGACUAUGUUUCACAUUAAACAUUUAUGAUAAUAAUGUAAAACUGCUAUCAAAGAUUUAUUCGCUAUCGUCAUAUAUUAAAUUAUGUUUGUUGUAUAUGUACUGAUACCGAAUGAGCAAAAAUGUUAUUCAACAAAAAUAAAAAUCGUGAGA